AUGGAGUCGCCCACGCCGGUCUCUCGAUACAUACCUCAGAAUUCCAAGAAAAGGAUGUUUCUGGCUGAAGGCUCCUCGUCGGGGUGUAAGGAGGUGGAGGUGUUGGAAGUAACGCCUCCGGCUAAUCGCAGUUCUAAACCCAAGUCCUCGAAACAAAAAGAGGUUAUUUCUCCUGAAAUUAUAGACGUGGACAUGGAUGAAGACAGUGAUGAUCUUAUGUUGAAUGAUCCGGAUGUUUUCACAAGUGCCAAAGGCAAGAAAGUCUUGUCCAGCUCUUCUGGUGGUAUUGAUGGUGUAGCAAAUGAUGAAUCUGGCGCCCUAUUGCACGAUUCAUUAGAUCCAGACGACUUCGGCUCAAAUCAGUAUUAUGGGGAGGAUGAGUGGAUAGAUACAUAUUAUGAUGACAUACUAUCUGAUGACUAUGAUGCAACUCUGGAAUCACAUUUUGAUCACAUGGAUAUUCCACCUGGAGUUGAAAUGUCAUUCCCCUGGUUGCCUGCUUCUCCCAAAAAUGAUUCAAAAGCGCCAACAGCCAGUAGCUCUUCUACACAAGCUACUAUCAAAACUCAAAUCACCAAUAUCAAUCUCUCACCCCCCUUGAGCUCGUUGUUGCCUCCGGAUGACACCCAAAUAGGUGAUAUGUCAACUUUAUGGGAUGGUCCAGUCGCAGAUUUUGAGAUGGAUUCGAGUCAUCAACAUUUUCAGGGGAAACCAUCUUCUAAAUGGACCGGACCUGAUUUCAGCAAGAAGACCGUUUCACUCGGUAUUGGAAACCAUUACCCACUAUCUUACGAUAGUACUGUGCUUCAUCAAAUGGGUAAGGAACCACUUGUCUCUUCUGGGAAGAGCAAAAGGAAGUCCCAUGCAUCACAUGUUCUCUCCUCCCACCAUCAUAAAUUCCCUUCGGCUCCAUUUCACUCGUCUGCCGCAGGUGGAGGUGGUAGUUAUCCUAUGUCUGUCAUGCAGCCAAAGGGUUAUGGAGUAGCAAGCUAUUCUCCCGGGUGGCAGGAAUUUCCUAUGAAUCCUGUUCUGGAGCCCAUGUCGCCUUCUGGAUUAAUUGAUGAUAACCCGUUAGCCAUAAAUAUUCUGAUGGGUGCAUCUCAGGUGGAGCCUUCACGGCCGGCCAAGGUCGAGCCAAGAAACUUGGAUGAGGUUUUCCGUAGGUUUGACAAUUUUAAGAAAUUCGACACUGUUGAAGACUAUUCCGAUCACCAGUACGCCAAGAAUGGUGGUUCUACAAAACAGCCACCGUCGAGUUGGGCGAGGAAAAUCCAAGAAGAAUGGAAGAUUCUGGAAAAAGAUUUGCCUGAUGAAGUAUUCGUGAGGGUAUACGAGUCGAGGAUGGACCUUUUGAGGGCUGUCAUAGUAGGAGCCGAGGGGACUCCUUACCACGACGGUCUCUUUUUCUUUGAUGUCUUCUUUCCCAGCAGCUAUCCUAAUGUCCCCCCGCAUGUUCAUUACCAUUCAAGAGGCCUUAGAAUCAAUCCAAAUCUGUACUGUUGUGGGAAGGUGUGCCUGAGCCUUCUCAACACUUGGAGUGGUAGUCAGAAGGAGAAGUGGAUCCCAGGUGUGUCUACAAUGUUGCAGGUUCUUGUGUCUAUACAAGGGCUGAUUUUGAAUGCCAAGCCCUACUUUAACGAGCCUGGGUAUGCUCAUAUGGAUGGCACUGUGAUGGGAGAGAAGUGCUCUUUGGAGUACAAUGAGAGGACAUUUAUUUAUAACCUGCAGACGAUGGUCUACAACAUGAGAAGGCCCCCAAAGCAUUUUGAGGACUUUGCCAUAGGGUAUUUCUGCAAGCAUGCCCGUGGUAUCCUGGUGUCUUGUAGGGCUUACUUGGACGGGGCUCAAGUGGGGUGUCUUGUUAAAGGUGGAGUUCAGGAUGUGGAUGAGGGAGACAAGAGCUGUUCGCAAGAGUUCAAGGCUAGCCUGGGUGUGUUCAUGACGACUCUGGUGAAUCAAUUCGUGCAAAUUGGGGCAAAGGAUUGUGAGGAGUUCCUCUAUUUGGCCCAAUUGGAGAAAACACGAACAGGUGCUCAUCCCGUUCCUGAGCACCCAUAA